ACGAACGAAACGAAAAGCGAGCGGAUAUCGACUCGAAAUCGCAGUAAAAUAUAGAAAUAUAAAAUAAUAAUAAAAGUCCCUGGUCAAUUGGCUUUUUAGGCAUUAUCGCUUGGCUAUCGGAAAAUAAACGAGUUGCAAAACGCGUCGCGAAAUAAAUUGUCCGGUGCGAUCGUUCAGUUGGCCAACGGACGUCGCGUAUUGCAAAAGCGCACUCAACCCGAACUUUUCAGAUCGAUUAAGUCCCGCAUCCGGGGGCGUGAGAAUCUAGCAAACCAAACCAACCCCUGUAGAUCCAACAGUCACUGCAAUAUGUACCCACCACCGGCGCCCAGCAUCAAGCACUUUGGCUCCCUCAAAACGGCCGUACUCUGGGCCGGAAUUCUCGGAGUGGCUCAGUCAAUCAUCUGGAUAGGUCUUACGAUUACAGCGAUAUGCGCCUUUAACUGUGUGCUCUACAUCACGAAUGACCUCAGCUAUGGAACUUUGGUCAAGACAGUCUUCUUCGACCUGUACUUUAAGGGCGGUUGCAGGAUGAACCCCGCCGAUUACCAGAACUACGACCAAACUAUUCUGAAUACAGUGUCGACCGUUUUUGAUCCCAGCCAGAUAUUGAUUUGGGAUUCCGUAUACCUUGGAGUUUCGGUCUGCUGGCUCAUCGUUUCGAUUGUGCUGCUACUGUGGGUGCGCAAGGAUAACCCAAAGCAGACCCUGAUAGCCAUAUACUCCUGGGCCUUCUUCGUGGCCGCCAUCUGCUGCAUGGACGUGGCCUCCGGAGUGAUCUUUGGAGUCGACUACGGCCGCUUCAAUGAUGCGGCUCUGAAGUACAAUGCCAAUAGCAUCAAUGCUGGUCCCGUAGAUCCCAUGGCUGCCACUCUAAUUGCCGGUGGAGUAGCCGCCAUUGCGAUGAUGAUCAUCUCCUUCAAGGGAUUCGUUCUGUGGUUCAUCAACUUUGGACUGCUCAUUUACCUGCUGAUGCGAGCCACUCGCAUUGCCACCGAUAAGGAUGGUGUGGAUACUUUGUUUAAUCCUCGCAAGAAUUCCAAUGAUAUUCUCACCACCAGGCCGCCAAUUCGCGCUUAUGAAGAGGAGAAGGUGGAGAUCCAGGCGUAUAACAACGCCGCCUACAUUCCGGAAACCCGCUCCAUGGCGGAGACGAUCGAGGUGAACGAGGACGCCAUUGUCCGCGCGGCGCACAUGUCGAUGGAUUCCAAUCUGAUGGACCGCCGCUUCCGGGACAUCAACGCCUUCCAGCAGUACCCGGCUCCCAAUCCGCAGAACAGUCGUCCGUUGCGCCAAUCCUCGCAGGUUCCGGUGCAGGAGACCAUUGUGGUGGCCACCGCGGGAUUCCCCCAGCCCGAUUACUCACCGCAGCUCAGUCCCAAUGGCGUUCUGCGUCCCCGCCAGUACUAAGCCUUUUGGCGCCCUCCGAAAAGCCCUCUUCCAUAGUAUAAUUCUCAAAUAAUCCCCCAAGUGACAGCUAAGAUUUAGUUCAAUUUUGAUCAGUAUGAACUAUUGUUGUGCAUGGUAUUCUUAUUUAUUUGCAUGUUAAUAACAAAAUAAGUGUGCAGUUGUAAAUAUAUAAAGUCGUUGUAGUUGUUUGCACCACCACUGGAA